CAUAAACGCAGAACUGGUUUAUUGCAAUAAACAAUUUUUGCGGUCCCACCAUGUGCCGGAAUUGCAUGUCGAUGCACGCGCUGAUCACUUAGCCAGUGAGUUAGUGAACUAUUUUCCGGGAGUAUUCUCUGCUUAAAAGAGUCUAAAAAUGAAACAACCCCUAAAUAUUCGUUCAGGGAAUUCGGGAUCGCGGAAUCGCGUGUAACUUUUCUUGUGCCUUAACAAAUUUUGGUUAGUUAUCCGUCGGUAUUCGUUGCCAGUGCAUAAGAUACUCGUUUCAUUAAAUCCCGGAUUUUUUUUCGAUUGUGUCUUAUCUCUUCAUCAGAUUCUCCCCUUUCCUAAAUCAGGACGAUGGUGCGCUCGUGCGGAAUUAUCGUGUGGCUUACUUUCGUCUUGUGUAGUUAAGUCAUAAACUCUCGAUUGCCACCUAUUUCUGAUGCUACAUUUCCAACUAAACUGGGGCUAUCUUUCGGAUUUGAGUGAUACGAGAUAAAGGAUGGUAUUGGCUGGCGCGAAUAUUCCUUCGGUAGGAUCGUUUCCAAAGUGCGAGAAGUGUCGACCGUAAUAAAUAUCAAAACUUUCUCAAUUAUCCUAAAACAAACUGUUGUGUGGGCUGAGUGUGCUGUGGACAGCGAUCAGACAACAAGGAUUUAUCAGUCUCCAAGCACCAGUUGGCUUUUCCCAUAGACGCCGAACUGGUUUGUUGCACUAAACAAUUUUCGCGGUCCCGCCAUGUGCCUGGGUUGCAUGUUCAUGCUUGCGCUGAUCACUUAGCCAGUGAGUUAGUGAACUAUUUUUCGGGAGUAUCCUCUGCUAGAUAGAGUCUGAGUCUAAUCUAGAAACGAAACAACCCCAAAUAUUCGUUCAGUGAAUCGCGUGGAACUUUCUUGUGCCUUAAAAAAAUUCGAUUAGUUAUUCGUCGGUAUAAUAUUCGUUUCCAGUGUGUAAGAUGCACGUUUCGUUGAAUCCAGGAUCGUUUUUCGAUUGUGCCUUAUCCCUUUUCGAAAUUAGGACCAUGGUGCGCUCGUGCGGAAUUAUCGUAUGGUUUUCUUUCGUUUCGUGUAGUUAAAUCGAUUGCCAUUUGUGAUCCUUCGUUUUCAACUAAACUAGGACUAUUUUUCAAAUUUGAGUGAUAUGAGAUCUAGCACCGUGUUGGCUGGCGCGAAUACUACUUUGGCAGAAUCGUUUCCAAAUUGCCAAAAAUGUCGGUGGUGAUAAAUAUCAAAACUUUUCAAAUUAUCCUGAAACGGAGUGUUGUGUGGACUGAGUGUGCUGUGGACAGCGAUCAAACAACAAGGAUUUAUCAGUCUCCAAGACCGGUUUUGUCCAUCCGUUUUCCUCUACCUGAGCAGCGUUGUUCCAGCAAUAUGGCUACUCGAACUCGACAAAAUGGAGCAACGAAUGAACAUCGGAAAGUACGCUGUAAAUAUCACCUUAGGAAAUGUGGAAGCAAAUUUAAGGCAACUCAACCAACUGUUUGGAGUCAACCUAGAUGUGCCGCGUAUCAAAUUGGACCCAAAAAUGUGGAUAACUCUAAUUGAACAAUUUCUUAUGUUAAUUCUCAUCAUUGGGCGUUGGUUGCUGCCGAAGGGUGAUUUAACAAGAGAUCAAUUAAGCCAACUUUUGCUAGUUUAUAUUGGUACUGCAGCUGAUAUCAUUGAAUUUUUCGAUUCGUACAAGGACGAGUCAAUAUCGAAUGUGCCUUUGCUUGUUUUACUGACGCUCGGAAUCUGGUCCUGGAGUCUGAUGCAAUUUACAAUCGUCCUAUCAGCAACGCGAGCUCGGAAGCCUCGAGGUGGAAGCACCAGUAAUCAGGAUGAAACAAACGACUGUUGCAAUGGUUGCUGCUGUGGAAUUGAUGUGUGGGGAAUUGUCUUGAACGUUAUAUUGCAGGAUGCUCCAUUUCUGGCGUUUCGAUUAUUAAUAAUAGUUCAUUAUAAAAUUAUCAAUUAUAUGAAUGUGUUCUUCACGUGUAAAAAUACUCUUGUAAUCCUUCUGCAACUUUAUCGAUUGUACGUUGUCAACACAGAACAUUGCAAAUCAAGUCGGAAGAUUAAGAAGUCGAAACCAAAGAAGACAAAAAAAGCCAAGAAAAAAUGUGAUAGCGAUUACGAAGACAUAUCCGAGAAUAUCUACAUAAUAUCUGGGAAGUACGAUAAAAGGAAAAACAAAAGGGCUCGCGACGACAGCGAUGUUGAGGCUGGAACAAAGGUUAAAAGUCGGAAGGAUCGAAGAACUCGUAAGGACACCGGCUACUCAACAGCCAGCUCGCAAAAUACAACUGUGAAAGUAAAGAAUGAGAAACAAAAGCAAGGGAAGAAAAGCAAGAGUAAACCUUCGAAAAAGUCCAGCAGUUCUGAAAGUAGCAGCGAAGUUGAAAUCAAGAAAGAUAAAAAGGAUAAAAAAAAGCAAUCCUCAAAGGAAAAGCAUUUUGAAGCAGUCACAGAAGAAUCCAAUAGCAGCGAAACUUCUUCGGAAUCUGAAAUUGUUGAGAAGAAGAAAACCAAGAAGUCGAAAUCGAAAAGGGCCAGAGCUUCAAGUUCUAGUUCAUCUUCUUCGUCAUCUUCGUAAUAGUAAGGACGAAAACUUGUAUCUUUUUACAAAAUUGAAAUUUUUUGCCUUAAAUAUGUUGCCUUAAAGUGGAAAAAAAUACUGUAAGCAACAUAAAAAGUGACUUUUAGAGUCGAAUCUAGAUAAUUCGUUUCGUCAAGGGAGUGACGAUUUGGUCGGGAGUGCAAAAUAAAGAAAAUUAACUCUGGGGACCGCCAAACUUGUACGAAUUAGCUGGACUUGCAAAUAAUCGAUGUACUCAUUAUCGGUAUGCCGCUGUAAUAUCAAUCAAUGUUAAACUUUUUAAUUGGAGGAAUAAAGGACCUGCAAUGAAGAAGGGGACAACUGGUUCCCGAAAUAAAGUAGUUUUUUAGCCAAAAAAUGCAAAGACCUCUAUUCUUUCAAAUAAAAUGAUAAAACUUUAUAAUGUGCCUAUUUGAAAAAAAAAAUCAAUAUUAGGGGAAACAUUUCCCAGAAAUGAAUAAUAAAUCAAGCAAUAAAAUUUACGGAAAAAGGCGAUGAAAUGUUAGGAAAACGUCACUGACUUAUAUGAGUCAGUAAAUUUUGGAAAUAAAAAAUUGGUUAAUAUUUUAA